AUGACGAACGGGCGGCAUUCCAGAGGUCAAUGGAGGAAACAACAGAACAGCCCUAAGAAGAAAGUGAGAAUACAGAAACGAAAUAUCUUUCCAAUGCAGGAAUUAUUAUAUGAAAGUAAAACUGACGAACGGGCGGCAUUUCAGGAGUCAUUGGAGAAAACAGGACAACUCAAGAGAGAAAAUAAGAUUACAGAAACUGAAAGACGUGAUGAAUCAGGUGCUUCAGGGGAAGAAAAAGGGACAGUUGAAACAAUUGGUAAUCUUAAGAUCAUUUCUUCCAAUGAUAGUGACUCCACUGAAGAAAACUUCGAUGACGUAAAACUGCCGGGGAGUGAUAACCAGGAAGAUUUUGAGAUACAAUUAGGAGAGACGGAAUUGCAAAAGCACAAACACCAAAGCAGCAAAACUGUAAAUGAAAAAGCUAUAACGUCUAGCAAAUCUGCUGUGAAGGAAGUGAAUAGACGUGACGAAUCAGGAGCUUCAGAGGAAAAAAACAAGCACGUCGAAAAGAUUGGUAAUCUUCAGACCAUUUCUUUCAAAGAUUCUGACUCCUCUAUAGAAAACAUCGAUGACGUUGAACCGCAGAGUGAUAACCAGGAAGAUUCUGUAAGACAACAUGCUUGAAGUACUUUCAAAAUGAUUUUUUU